AACGAGGAGGACCGUGAUUGGCCAGAAAGCAGGAAAAACUUUUGGGUGACGUCACUACACUGGGACAGGAGCUUGCUUUGCCCUUGCGUGGGAAAUUAAUACCAUCUCGUUGUUGUGCUUCGAUUAAAGUAGAUUUCUUCUGCGCUGUCAUGUCUCUUGCUGCAGAGGCUUUCGUCUCUCAGAUUGCAGCUGCUGAGCCAUGGCCUGAAAAUGCUACUCUGUACCAACCUCUUAAAGAGGAUCAAAUCCUUCUGUCAGAUUCUGCGUCCUCGCUGGCAGUUCAGACUUUCCUGAGGAUGUGCGGCCUGCCAGUGCAGGUGUCCUGCCGUGCCAAUGCUGAAUACAUGUCACCGUCAGGGAAGGUUCCUUUUAUCCACGUUGGAAAUCAAGUUGUGUCAGAAUUGGGGCCGAUUGUUCAAUUCACAAAGGCAAAGGGUCAUGCUCUAAGUGACGGGUUGGAUGAUGUCCAGAGGGCAGAGAUGAAGGCUUACAUGGAGUUGGUCAAUAACAUGCUGCUGACUGCAGAGUUGUAUAUCCAGUGGUGUGAUGACUAUACUGCUACAGAGAUUUCUAGGCCACGAUACAGUAGUCCCUAUUCUUGGCCCCUCAAUCACGUUCUGGCCUAUCAGAAGCAGUGGGAGAUUCGGAGGAAGAUGAAUGCAAUUGGAUGGUCUGGAAAGAAUCUGGAGCAGGUGUAUGAAGAUGUGAGUCAGUGCUGUCAGGCCUUGUCACAGCGAUUAGGAACACAGCCCUACUUUUUCAACAAACAGCCAACCGAACUAGACGCUCUGGUGUUUGGUCAUCUUUUCACCAUACUCACCACACAACUGACCAGCGACGAGCUUGCUGAAAAGGUUAAAUCCUACACCAACCUGCUUUCUUUUUGCCAUCGUAUUGAACAGACUUAUUUUAAGGAGCACGACCGAGAAGACCAGUUUGGGUCCUCGCGCCAUUCCAAAAGCUCACUACCCUGAGGACCACCCUUUGCCCAAUAUUUCUCACUCCUUUGAUCAGUCUGAAAUGAUUGGCAUCUUUGAUAUUCUUUGUGAAAGACUUAAAAUAUCAAACAGAUCAGUAGGAGGGAGAAAAAGGGCAUUAAAUAAAGGUUUGUGAAUAUUUAAAGUAUUCCCAACACGUUUCCGAACUACUCCUUUGCCUGUUCGUAAUGCCAUAACGGGAACUUGCCUGCCGCAACAGUAGAACUAGGUUUCGUGUAUAAUGAUUUAGUUGAUGUAAAUCUUUUUUCCACUCUGUCAUGCCUUUGUCUGAUGUGUUAAUGGAAAGUGCCUACGAAGUAAAUAAACUUUAAGUUGGACGUUU